CAUUUCACAAUUGAAUGCAAAAUUAACCCCCUUCUUUUUGUUUUUUCUUUCUGGGCAAAACCCAUUUCGACUUCCCCAAAAUCAAGCGAUGCAAUGGCGAAGAUUUGUAUCGCUACCAAUACUCGCCGUUCUGCUCCUGAUGAUCAUCGUGUUCUACGGCACCGUUUUCAUAUUUCUCGAUGAUUGGGUAGGGUUUCAGAGCUCAGCAGGUUUGACCAACGUUGUGAUCUUUUCCACGUUGGCAUCUUUCACUCUUUUCUCGUUUUUGGUGUCUGUUUUCACUGAUCCAGGUGCUGUUCCAUCUGGGUAUUUCCCGGAUAUUGAAUCCAGUGAUGGGUCAGAUCAAGAAUCCAGAGAAUCUGAAGCACUUACAAAACGUUGUGACAAAUGUUCGGCAUACAAGCCUCCAAGAGCACACCAUUGUCGUGUUUGCAGAAGGUGUGUCUUGAAAAUGGAUCAUCAUUGCACAUGGAUAAAUAAUUGUGUUGGUCAAAGGAACUAUAAAGCCUUUUUUCUUCUGGUUUUCUAUGGGACUAUUUCAAGUCUCUAUUCUACGGUUAUAAUAGUUGGUUGUGGAGUUCAAAAGGAUUGGGAGUCUUUCGGGACGACUCGCCUCAAAACCUUUUAUAUUACAUCUGCGGUUAUGAUUUCUCUCUUAAGUUUGACGCUUGGAACUCUCUUGGGCUGGCAUAUAUACCUGUUGAUUCAUAAUAUGACAACAAUAGAGUAUUAUGAAGGAACUAGGAAAGUGUGGCUAGCAAAGAAGUCUGGACAGAUUUAUAAGCAUCCGUACGAUGUUGGUGCAUACAGAAAUAUCACUAUGAUUUUAGGCCCGCACGUUUUGAAAUGGCUAUGGCCGUCUGCAUCAAGCCAUGUCAAAGAUGGAACCAGCUUUCCUACUGUUCGGGAUGGCUUAUAAACUUGUUGUCACGUCAUGUUUCUCUUAAACUUUUGAUCAUGGAGGUAAAUAGGAAAGCGGUGAGAUUAAUGGUGUUGUCUUUGUACAUGUUCGGAGAAAGGUGUUUGACUUGGUUUUCUUGUUUUGGGUUUUGUAUCGCGUAUUAGGUUAGAUCAAGAUUAAUCAGAAUUUUUUAAAUUGUUUUGUUGGAUGAAAUGGUGAACAAUAAAAGCAGGGAAAGGUAAUUACUACAGGAAGAAAAAAGAUUGACUA